GGCAGACGGGGAGGACCGCUUGCACUCCACCUCAGCGUUCAGUUCGGCCCACACGCUCCGAGCUCAGCACCGGCCGUCAGCACUCCUCCGUACACACCAAGUUAUUUUUUAAUUUUCUGGAACCUUUGUGCAGCCAAACCAAAAUAAGCAGCCAUGGAUGCCAUCAAGAAGAAGAUGCAGAUGCUCAAGCUCGACAAGGAGAACGCCUUGGACAGAGCUGAGCAAGCUGAGGGAGAUAAGAAGGCAGCGGAGGACAGGAGCAAACAGCUGGACGAUGAGUUAAGAGAAUUGGAAAAGAAAUUGCGCAUAACCGAGGAUGAGCGCGAUAAAGUGUUUGAGGAGUUCCAAAAGGCCGAGGAAAAGCUGCUGACCGCCGAGGAGGUCGCCACCAAGCUCGAGGAUGACUUGGUAGCUCUGCAGAAGAAACUGAAGGCCACAGAGGAUGAGUUGGACAAGUAUUCUGAGGCUCUUAAAGACGCGCAGGAGAAGCUGGAGCUGGCUGAGAAGAAAGCCACAGACGCUGAGGGUGAUGUAGCCUCUCUUAACAGACGUAUCCAGCUGGUUGAGGAGGAGUUGGAUCGUGCUCAGGAGCGUUUGGCCACUGCCCUUCAGAAGCUGGAGGAGGCUGAGAAGGCUGCUGAUGAGAGUGAGAGAGGCAUGAAGGUCAUUGAGAACAGGGCACUGAAGGAUGAGGAGAAGAUGGAGCUGCAAGAGAUCCAGCUCAAAGAGGCCAAACACAUUGCUGAGGAAGCUGAUCGCAAAUAUGAGGAAGUGGCCCGUAAGCUGGUGAUUGUUGAGGGUGAGCUGGAGCGUACAGAGGAGCGUGCUGAGCUGUCUGAAAGACAUGUGCAUGGAUUACAGGACGAGAUCAAACGGUUGGACCAAACGUUUAAGUCAUUAAAAGCAGCAGAAGGACAGUACUCACAGAAGGAAGACAAAUAUGAGGAGGAGAUCAAGGUCCUCACCGACAAACUGAAGGAGGCUGAGACUCGUGCUGAGUUUGCUGAGAGAUCUGUAGCCAAGCUUGAGAAGACCAUUGAUGACCUGGAAGAUGAGUUGUAUGCCCAGAAACUCAAGUACAAAGCUAUCAGCGAAGAGCUGGACCACGCUCUCAACGACAUGACUUCAAUGUAAUUUGUGUGCUGUGUCUGCUUGUGCCUCUGCCUGCCCACCUUACCCCUCCCAUCCGUUCGCUUCUCGCCUACCCUACCUACACCUCAUCACUACACCAAUCUGCCUUGUGACUUUAAUAUACCAACUCCUUUUAAUCUCCUUUUAUAAAAUGUCCUGCUAUCUCUGUGACUUGGCAAGAUCGUUGGCUCCUGGUAAUCCUCCUUCAGUUGAAGUCUUGUUCAGUUUAGAGAUGUUAAUAGUAGUCUGUGGCAUGUUCAUGCCUUUUGCACAGUUGGAGGCAAAGGCUGUGAAUUUAUGCUUAGUAAAAUGUGUGUCUGCAUUGGAGGAAGUGUAAAGAUUUGAAGAAGUUCAUCAGUGAAGCCAGAUUUUGUGGAAGCAGUGUAUAGUAGUGCAUUUUCUUUUUCUACCAGUUUGUACUGUUUUCUGUAACCACUGUGUUACUUUUUCUUAAAAGAAAUAUUUUCUAAUCCAUGAAGUACAUGAACCACCAAACUCUGCUACUGUUUAAUCAUAAUUCAUUGUUAACCCUGUCAUACAGCAUGUACACAUUUUACUGAAAUACGGCGGUGCUGAAGGGGAAGCGUUUCAGUGAAAACUGUGCCUGGUUACUUCCUGUGUGUUUCCUCUUUGGUGUACCCUGUCUGAUUUAUAAUAGCUCCUCUGCCAAUUAACCAAAUAUGAUAUGAUGUCAAAGGCGUCUUUGUUUUUGGCUCCUCUCCAUGGCCAUUAAGGGUACAUAUAAGCUGUUCUUUAAACUGGCGUUCUGUACAGAAAGCACAUUUUGUCAAGUUACUCCCGAAUUUAAAGCUGCAUGUGGUGAUGAGGGUUUGUUUUAAUUGAAUUUAUGCACUCUGACUACUAGGCAAUCGCUAGGCAUUUGUGCAGCCAUAUUUAUUACCACUAUUGAACGGUUUUAGAUGGUGGAAGUAUACUGGUGAUAUUUCAGUGUUUCCUUUGCAAAGUAUUACAAAUACUGACAUAUACAUGAUUGCAUGGCUUAAAUGGGCCAUUAAAUUAUAGAUUGGCUUUUCUUAAUCCAAAUUGGAUGCUACAUGAAGGAACUGAGUCCACUGCAAUGCCUACACCACCAGUCUGUAUGGUGGCUAAUGCCUCAUGUGUAGAUCUUAUUGUGCACUUGUAGUGCUAGUACAUUAUAUGGGAAACAGCUUGUAUUUGUAAGAUGCUCAGGUUCUGUCUAGUUCAGCAAAUGGAGGUUCGAUGGAACAUAAUUUUAGAAGAUGAAAUUUUGGUUUUUGAGAUUUUGCCUUAAACUGUGUGCUUGAGAUUCUAACCUCUGGGCAAUGCCUCUACACUGGGCAUUGUGGCUCUUGGUUUGCAGUGACCCUCUGGUGUGUGGUGUGCGUCCUUUCAGCCCAAAACAGUAGCCCUUCUUCAACUUCUAUUCUGCUCCUUUUCCCUGCACAGAUAAAACUUUUUACACCCCCACCAGACGCCUCCUGCCGGCUGAGCGGCAUCCUACUACUCUCUCCAGCCUUCUGCCCUUUUCUCUUCUCUUCUGUCUCUCCUUGCCCCUCUCCCCCCCAACACCCCCCCCCCCACCCCUCAGUCAUUUUUGUUAUGUUCACCUUUCUUGUACAGUACCUUUUGAUUUCUUUCUGCACUGUGUAAAAAUAAACGUUCCUUCUAUUUACACA